AUGCGCCUCUCAUUGGCUCCUCUGCACUGUCUGGAGUAAGUUGGAUGUGCGCUCUCCUCACUCACAUCGCGAAACCACCUCAAAAACUAUUGCGAUGGGGAGGAUCAGGAAAAACCACUUUGGGAUUUUGACUUUUUCCUUACUAGUGACUUUUGUCUGGGCUCAAAGCGUCAAGGAUAUGAAAGAUCCGAGCAAUAUGCCUCUGGUAAAAGAAACAGUGGACAGACUGAUGAAAGGAUACGACAUUCGGUUGAGGCCAGAUUUCGGAGGUGCGCCAGUGGCCGUGGGGAUGAAUAUAGACAUAGCCAGCAUAGACAUGGUCUCUGAAGUCAAUAUGGACUACACCUUGACGAUGUACUUCCAGCAAGCAUGGCGGGACAAGCGUCUGUCCUACUCUGAGAUCGCCUACAACCUGACUCUGGAUAACCGAGUGGCGGAUCAGCUGUGGGUUCCUGACACCUACUUCCUCAAUGACAAAAAGUCCUUUGUUCAUGGCGUCACCGUCAAAAACAGGAUGAUCCGUCUCCACCCCGACGGCACGGUUCUUUAUGGACUCAGGAUCACCACAACCGCAGCCUGCAUGAUGGACCUGCGCCGCUACCCUCUUGAUGAGCAAAACUGCACCCUGGAGAUCGAAAGCUAUGGCUACACCACAGAUGAUAUUGAGUUUUACUGGCGAGGUGGAGACGGAGCAGUGUCGGGCGUCGACAGGAUAGAGCUGCCUCAGUUUUCUAUCGUCGACUAUAAACUCAUCUCCAAGAACGUGGUCUUCUCUACAGGUUCCUACCCCCGCCUGUCCCUCAGCUUUAAACUGAAGAGGAACAUUGGUUACUUCAUCCUGCAGACAUACAUGCCUUCCAUCCUGAUUACCAUCCUCUCCUGGGUCUCCUUCUGGAUCAACUACGAUGCCUCAGCUGCCAGAGUGGCCCUGGGGAUCACUACGGUGCUGACCAUGACCACCAUCAACACCCACUUGCGAGAGACACUCCCAAAGAUCCCCUACGUGAAGGCUAUUGACAUGUACCUGAUGGGCUGCUUUGUGUUUGUCUUCCUGGCCCUACUGGAGUACGCCUUCGUCAACUACAUCUUCUUUGGCCAGGGCCCCCAGCGGCAGAAGAAGGCGGCUGAGAAAGCAGCCACGGCCAAUAACGAGAAGCUGAGACCCGACCCCAACAAGUGGCUGGUGGGAAAUGUAGUUCAGAGAGAUGAUGCUCUGUAUGCCAGAAUGAAACAGAGGGAAAUUGACGCAUAUGACUCGAUGUGGGAUCCCAUCUUUGUGGACGAUGCCGCAUUAGGACUAGGCGAGCAAAGAAAUAAGAUGACUCCCGACGACAACAUCCUGUUCAGCACCCUGGAGAUGAAGAAUGAGAUGGGUGGUGCCGGGGAUCUUUCCCGGGGCCUGGGAGCACCUGGAGACCCCCGCAACACCAUGCUGGCCUAUGAUAGCUCGACACUGCAGUACCGCAGGGCAGCCAUGGCCCGCCAGAACUAUGGCCAUAGCGCCUUGGAGCGCCACGCCCAGAAGAAGUCGCGCCUACGGAGACGGGCCUCCCAGCUCAAGGUGAAUAUCCCAGACCUGUCCGACGUGAACUCUAUCGAUAAGUGGUCCAGGAUGAUCUUCCCCACCGUCUUCUCCUUCUUCAACGUCGUGUACUGGCUCUACUACGUCCAUUAAACCCGGCGGCGUCCAGCUUGUGGCGGGAAUGCAAAGAUAGCGGGGGUGGGAGGGGGGGAGAGAGAGGGGGAUUUAGGGAAGAUGAGAGAAAUCAAGAAAGAGAGAUGAUGUGAGAGAGAGAGAGAGAGAGAAUGAGAGGUGAACAGUGCACCAACUUUUUAGCUGGUUCAUUUUAGAGAAAGUGAGGAAUGCAAAGACUUUUGGAUGGACUGCAGCAGCACCCAACACAGUCAGCAGUGACUCUUUUAGGAUUUGGGAAACACCUUAAAACAACUGACACUCGAAAAAAAAGAAGAGUGAGUUUUAAAAAGACAGAAACGGUGCCUGUUCCAGAAUUUCAAUAUAUCACUAAUAUUUGUCAUUCGUAGCUUACUCUCUGUGGAUCAAAAUAUUUAUGCUUGUGUUUGCAUAUAUUUUAAGGAUUUGUUUUGUUUAGUAUCUAUUUACUUCGUAGCCGAGCUGUCUGCAUCCAGGAAAGCUUUAUAAAUGAUUUUAAAGGAGUCAUCCUUGAUAGUCUAUUUUCCUAUAAUUACUGUAUAUCAAAAACAUCCUUUAAAAGCAUGCUUAUGUUUGAUUUCAUUUGCAUCUCAGUCAUGUUGAUGAUGGAGCGCAAAGCAUUUAAGUUUUACUAGUUGAGGUUAGUCUGUCAGUUAUACAUUUUGCAGCUUUGGCUUAGCACGGCCCACCUGGGUGGAUGGUUUUCGAACAUCGCUGGAUGACAACAGGUGGACAGCAGGGGGCGCUCUUUUCUCUGGACAUCCUUGUGGGGCUCUAAUGGUGCCAAUGCUGAACAGAAAAAGCUUCUUCAGUUGUUGAAGGUCUCAUAUUAUCCGGUAAAAGAGCGGGACUGUUGGACACUGACGCUUUGGCCAAGUUUAUGUUUUGCUUUUCGCUGUGCUGACAGAAGUUCAUUUCAACACGUGUUACCUUUUUUUGUUUGUUUUUGUUUUUUUAAAGAGAACAUUUGAUUCCUCCGUACUUUCUGCCAUCGUGUGAAGGAGUUUCAGAGGCGGAGAACGGCUUUAACGCGACUUAAGCUGGUGUAAGAACUUUGCUGAUAGGUGAGCUGAGUUUCAUUGCAACCAGAGUUGCUGCAUAAAUAUGGCAAUCCACAAUCAUCGUUAUCAGUAGAAUUGAAUGAUAGAAGUAUGAUGCGUUUCAUUGUGAUUAGGUUUCUGUUUUGAAAAACUGUAGAUAAACAUAAAUCAUGUUUAAAGAAAAAGAGAUGAUUCAUUUUUAUAAAUCAAUACUCACAUUAUUGUGUAAAUAUUAUGGAUUUAUUCUAUUUAAAUGGGUCUCUGUUGUUGUUUUUGCAGUUGAAUUACAGAUCAAAUGUUCCAUUCAGACAAAAAAAAAAAAGAAGAAGAAGAAAAAGAGCAAUUUAACUGAGGAAAAAAGAAAAACACAAUUCACAACUUUGCUGACUCUGUACUUUUUGGACUUUUCUCUCUUUUCUUUCUUUUUAAUGGACUCUAAAAGCAUCUACUUGCUGAAACUAAAGCACUUCCAGACACCAGUGACUUUUGGGUCAAUGUUUUGUUCUCCAGAAAUGACUAAACAAGGACCCCACUAUCCAGGCAUUGAAGUCAGGCAUAUUUUGUACAAAGUUUCUGUAAAUUCCAAUUGUAAUAUUUCAUAAUGACUGUAAAUAUCUUGUGUAAUGAUUGUCAGCAAAUAUGAAGAUGUAUCUAAAUUCAAUUAAAACUCAAUUCAGUCUAUCACUUCAAUAA